AUGGCUCCCAAUACAGGCAUGUUGAACUCUGGCUGUCAGCAACCUCUUCAUGUUGUGAAUGAAGAUGCAGUUUCACCAAAAAUUAUCAUUUUUCACAUUAAACUGAUGCCGUUAACUGUUAUUAACUUUUGUAGGUUAUCUGGCUGUUUUCUCAACAUAGAGUUCUGUCAUAAGGCUAACCCCUACAACUCAGGAGAAUGUGCCAAAGUCAAAACAUGUAUCCCUGUGGGUGUUACCGCCUUGUACUCAACAAAUAUUAAAAACAAGCAGGAUAUUGCUAUGUGCCAAGUGCUAGAUAUCUAUGAGCAGUGUCAAAUACUCGCUUUUGAGAAAGGAAAAGUGGGGCGACGGGCAUCUAAUACGCAUACGUACUUGCUGAAUCAGGAUUGGCUGGCAGCUGGGCGGGACGAGGUGGGAGUUUUCUCUCAGCGCACGCUCAGUGGGUGGAGAAGGCGGGGCUGCCGGUGUCAGCUGGUCCAACUGUGGGGGCCUGAGGCAUCUUCCCUCCUUCACCUUCCAGCUCCUUAAACAGCAGACUAUUCGCCAAGGUUUUUGUAUCCAAGGCCCAAAACUUUGUUACCCAAGAUGAUGAACGCUGACAUGGAUGCAGUUGAUGCUGAAAAUCAGGUGGAACUGGAAGAAAAAACACGGCUUAUUAAUCAAGUGUUAGAACUCCAACACACACUUGAAGAUCUCUCUGCAAGAGUAGAUGCAGUUAAGGAAGAAAAUCUGAAGCUAAAAUCAGAAAACCAAGUUCUUGGACAAUAUAUAGAAAACCUCAUGUCAGCUUCUAGUGUUUUUCAAACAACUGACACAAAAAGCAAAAGAAAGUAAGAGGUUGAUGUCCUCUGUGUUUUAUGGAAUUGCUGCUGGAAUUUUUUCUUUAAAACUUGGAUAGAUUUCAAGAGUUACAGUACCUUUGUUUGUGGGCUUCAUUGAAUAUUUAUGAAGAUAAUGGCAGAGCUAGGCAAGAUUAAGAGCAUAACAGGAGACUUCUAUGAGUUUGUGUAUUAUGUCAGUCUAUGAAAAUGUGCAAAUGUAUUGUAGAGACUUUAUAAUUAGAAUUGCAUAUAUUUAUGAAAACUUGAAUG